AUGGAGACCCCACAUAUCGAUCAUUUAUCUACUCAGGACUACGAGAGUGUUUACGAGCCAGCCGAAGAUUCAUUCCUGCUAUUGGAUGCCUUAGAAUCCGAUUUGGAGUUUAUAGAAGGAGAAUUGAAGCCACUUGUAUGUUUAGAAAUUGGACCUGGUAGUGGUAUUAUAAUUACGGCUCUUUCCAAGAGACUGCAAAAUAGUUUCUGCUUUGCCUGUGAUAUAAAUCGAACAGCCUGUCAAGUAACAAAAAGAACCGCCGCAAGAAACAACGUACAAGUCGAAUGCAUAGUAGGCAAUUUGGUGGAUGCUUUCAAAUCGAACAAAGUUGAUUUAUUAAUAUUCAAUCCCCCCUACGUUGUGACCUCGGAUGAUGAAGUUUUAUCUUCAGAGACCUUUGGUGAUUGCACUCGUGGCAAUCUUGUACAUUCCUGGGCCGGUGGUAAAGAUGGAAGGCGUAUAAUCGAUAUUUUGCUUUUAAAGUUAAAUGAAGUUUUAUCACCUAAAGGGUUUUUCUAUUUGCUACUUCUUCGGGAAAAUAAACCUGACGAGAUUAUUGAGAAAUUACUGGAACUUGGCUUUGAGGGUAAAAAGUUUAUGGAAAGGCGCAUACCUGGGGAAUAUUUAUAUAUUCUAAAAAUUGAACGUUUACGUUCGUAGCAUAAAAUUAUGUAUAAAUAUAGUAAAAACAUGUAUCUAUAAAAAA